GUUGCAGGCAGUUUCUUAACCAACUGAGCUAUCAGGGAAGCCCUGGGAUUCAGUGGAGUUAACAUGUAUAAAAUGCUUAUAACAGGGCUGGGUUUACCGAACCUCUUAGAUGAAUACUAAUCACUAUUAAUAGAAAAAUAUGAGAUAGAUGUUCCCUUUUGCUUUUAGGGAGCCUCCCUCCUUCCUGCUUCCGAUACUUCCUAUAUUUGUCUGUGAGUUCCUUGAGUGUAAUUGGCCCUUUGGGUUCCCUUAACACAGGCCUCCACCCUCCUGGGACAGCCAGCAGCAUCCAUGUGACCUCAUGCUCCUCUCGGGAGGGGACUUGUAGCAUCCUUUAGUUCUUCUUUAGUUUUCUCAUUCUUUAGUUCCCAGAGGGAUCUCUGACCUCAGGAGAUUGAGGAUUCAAACAAAUCGACUGGAGAAAAAGACCUGGGGAGAUGAUAAGGGAGGUUUGAAUACCAGCUGGAUAGAAGAUGAUGUUAAGGAAUUAUUAGUGCAUCCAUGGUGUUGUGGUCAUGUUUUUAAACAAAGUAGCCACGAGUUCCUGGAGGCCGUGGCGCUCUUCUAUACUUGUGUCAGGGCCCUGAGGGACUGUUAAUUAACUUAAAUUCAAGCACCAAACUGGAUUCAGUCCCUGGAAAACUUCUAAGUAUGUGUGGCGCAACCAGGACAUGUGAGUGUACAUUUGCUCCUGUAAAUUUUAUGAAAUCUAAAUGCAGGGCAAGUUCCUCCAGUGAAAAUUGUUGUCUGAAUCGAGACAUAUUAAAAGAGUGGACUAGACUGUGGAUUUUGAAGAUUUCAUAGGAGCAUGGGAAUGGAUUAGCCUUCAUUCUCGGAUUGUGACCUCCCCAGGAGGACUGCCAGCUGUCACUGACCAAGGAGGGGGGGCAGCUCCAGAGCCUGGGUGAGUGGGUUCAAGUCCAGCUCUGUUGCCAGGGGGGCCCCAUGGGCCUGGUUUCUCCUCUGUAAGAGGGGAAGGUUGGUAAAUAAUAGCUGCUCUUACUUUGGACGUGUCCUCUCUGAAGUGGUAGUGACAGCAGAUGGUAGUAGUUCUAUUUUCUGAGCCUGUCCCAACUGAGGAGACCAUAAACCUGCCCGCCCCAGUCAGUGGUUCUCAAACUUCUUGGUCUCAGGAUCUUAAAAAUCAGCAAGGACUCCAAAAAAAAAGCUUUUGUUUGUGGAAGUUCGAUCUAUCACAGUUUGCCAUAUCAGGGCAGUUCCCUGGUGGUCCAGUGGUUAGGACUGCGUACUUUCACUGCUGAAAGCCUGGGUUCAAUCCCUGGUCCAGAAACUAAGAUCCUGCAAGCCACAGGUGUGGCCAAAGGAAAAAGAGAUUUACAAUAUAAGAUGAAAACAGACAUGAAAGGGUCUUUAUUGAAAUAUUCUUAUAACAAAACACUCAUCUAUUUAAAGUAUAUAACUGUGGUUUUUCAUAUAAUCAGUAUUUUUGUAACCAUCUCCACUUUCUGAUUUCAGGACAUUUUCAUCACUGCAGAAAGAAACCCCAUCCUCCUUAGCAGCCACUCCCCAUUCCCGUCCUCCCUUCUCCCAGUGGGUGGCAGCCACCAGUCUCCUUUCUGUUUCUAUGGAUCUUCCCAUUCUGGACGUUUCAUAUAAAUGGAAUCAACAAUAGGGCCUCUUGUACCUGGCUUCUUUCACUCUGUAUAUCAGACGUGUCUUAAAGCCAAGGUUUCACAAGCACAAGUCACACAGCCUCUGGAAAACUCCAGAUGCUUACUAGAGAAUGAGAGGAACAGAGGCAAACACAUACUAGUGUUAUGGAAAUCACUCUGUGGACCCCCUGAGAGUAUCUUAGGGACCCUUGGGGUCUCGGCAGACCUUACUUUGAGAACCACUGGCCUAGGCAAAUGGCUUCACUUCUGUGCCUCCAUUUGCCUCUCUCCAAAGUGGAGAUGCCGAUGGAACAGACCCCAGAGGGUGGCUGAAGUUGGAUGAUUGAUGAGAUGAGGCUACGGGGAGUUGGCCCAGGGGUCAGGGGUCAAGCAGUGUCCCUUGUGCUUAUUCCCAUGACAGCCCAGAGAAGUAAUGCUCCCUCUCUAGCAGUUCCUCUCCUUUCAGAGAGAAAACGUCCCAGUCCACAAAGCCAAAGAGCUUGGCCACAAGACAAGCAGCCCAGUGCCAAAUACCACGGAGGGUCAAGGCAGUUGACAACUAAGAAUAGAGUGGGGAAUUUGUCCCUGCGGAGGAUGACGCGGCACGGCAAGAACUGCACAGCGGGGGCUGUCUACACCUACCAUGAGAAAAAGAAGGACACAGCUGCCUCAGGCUACGGCACCCAGAACAUUCGACUGAGCCGGGAUGCCGUCAAAGACUUCGAUUGCUGCUGCCUCUCGCUGCAGCCCUGCCACGACCCUGUCGUCACCCCAGAUGGCUACCUUUAUGAGCGGGAAGCAAUCCUAGAGUACAUUUUGCACCAGAAGAAGGAAAUUGCCCGGCAGAUGAAGGCCUACGAGAAGCAGCGGGGCGCCCGGCGAGAGGAGCAGAAGGCGCUGCAGCGGGCCGCGGCGCAGGACCACGUGCGGGGCUUCCUGGAGAAAGAGGCGGCCAUCGUGAGCCGGCCCCUCAACCCCUUCACGCCCAAGGUCGCCUCGGCAGGGAGCGGCCCAGAUGAUGCUCAGCCCGGGUCCAGUGCGGGCCCUGCAGGCAAGGACAAGGACAAAGCACUGCCCAGCUUCUGGAUCCCGUCGCUGACCCCCGAGGCGAAGGCCACGAAGCUGGAGAAGCCGUCGCGCAUCGUGACUUGCCCCAUGUCUGGGAAGCCGCUGCGCAUGUCCGACUUGACCCCGGUGCGCUUCACGCCGCUGGACAGCUCCGUGGACCGCGUGGGGCUCAUCACGCGCAGCGAGCGCUACGUGUGCGCCGUGACCCGCGACAGCCUGAGCAACGCCACGCCCUGCGCCGUGCUGCGCCCCUCUGGGGCCGUGGUCACCCUGGAGUGCGUGGAGAAGCUCAUUCGCAAGGACAUGGUAGAUCCAGUGACCGGGGAUAAGCUCACGGACCGCGACAUCAUCGUGCUGCAGCGGGGCGGUACUGGCUUCGCGGGCUCCGGAGUGAAGCUGCAGGCAGAGAAGUCCCGGCCAGUGAUGCAGGCCUGAGCGCGGGAAACCAAAUAAAUGGGGUUUGGACGCGACUGGCCGUGUGGCGCCUUCAUUCACCGCACCUGAGCCCAGUAGCCCGGGAAUGGCGUGCACUCCGGAAUGACUGCGCUUUGAAAGCCUGGGCUAGGAAUGUUUGGUGUGGUCUCACGUUAAGAGUGAAGUCUGAAUGGAAUGCAAACGCACAGCUGUAAAGGGGUUGAAUGGCCGCAAGUCGGAAUGUGAGCGGCGACCACCGGAGGGCGCCACGUUAACGGGCUAAAUGGAAAUCCCCGUGUUCCUUUUGAGUUAAACCAAAUUUGAAGCCUGGGAGCUUCAGCGGCACGUGUCUCUCAUUGCAAAGUGUAAUAAGACACCCAAAGGAAAUGAAGUGCUGUGUGAGUGAGAGAAAGUUAGGCACCCAGUCUCGAGAAGGCGGUGAGGAACGCCCCCUCCCCCGCCACCUGAAGGCUGGAGGGUGGAGAGGAAGAGGAAACCGCAAGUGCAAAAGCCGGGAGGCAGCGGUGUACGCGGUGGGUGUGAAGAGUGGGCGGAGGUCAGAGCAACCAGGCCUGGCGGACUUGCCUGGAGCUCGGACUUGACCGGGAGGGCAGGGGGGCCCUUUCAAGCUAUGUUUUUAAUAACGUUGAGUCAGAAAAACAAACCUGUGCAGUGUGGAGAACCAGAGCUAAAAGUUGCAAAAUAUGGCAAAGUGUAAAAAUAAAGACUGGAAGUCCUGCCUCUCA